AUGCCUCUUUCCGAGACGGAGCUGAGGCUCGUUGAAGCCAUGUUCGAGAAUAAGCGCGACGUCAAGGCCGUUCUCCAAGUCCUACCACAUGCCGUCGUAUCCACCCUGUACAGGCAAAAGAAGAACUAUGACACCUUCGGCUCAAUACACAAGCCAGAGACGACCAAGAAGAGGAGACUUAGAAAACCAGUCGUAGCUGAUGCGGAUCCCGAUCCUGAAGCCUCAACGACCCCCAGUAGUUCCGAUAGCCCUCCCUCCAGACUGUCCGACACAGAUCGCACUGUAGAGAUGUUGUUCUCCCAAGGCUGCAGCGUGCGUGUCGUACAGUCGUGGUUCCCCAACAGACCCAAGAGCAGCCUCUACCGAAUGCAACACAACCUCGACGUCUAUGGAUCCGUCCGAAAGCCAGAAACCAUGUGGAAAAAGAAGGGAAGACCUUGUUCUGUUACACCCGAAAUGAAAGAAUGGCUAGUCCAGCUAGUCAAGGAGGGAAAGGAGAUGUGGCAGAGAGACCUUGCCUACGAGCUGUUCACAAAGUUCGGCGUCUUUGUGUCGCCAUCUACAAUCUCACGACUUCUCAAGGAGCAGCACAUCUCAAAAAGGUUAGGCCCAGUAGCAAGUACAGAAGUUGAUGAAAUGGGCGAAGAACAUGAAGCAGAAGAAGAAGACACACACGAGGUAGAAGAGGAGGAAGAGGCUUUUGAUAUACCAAUCACGCAAGAUCCCAACCUGGAUCCUUUUUUCCAAUUGGCCUUCUGA